UUUAAUUCACCAAACCAUCUCUCAUUUCUUCAACACUAUGGAAACUUGUUGUCAACUCAAAGACCAAAAUAUAUCAAUCCUGAUUCACGGAAUGAAAGCUAAUUCCAAUUUAAUUAAAUUGACACAAUUAUUCAUUUCAAUAUCAGUGUUCUCCUUCAUCUUUUCACCUUCUUCCUUAUUUGUUUUCCUUCAUUACUUCAAAUUCUAUUUCUCUACUUUACCUUUUCAACUCUAUACUCACAACAUAGACAAGAACAGCAUGUUUCUUCUUUGUAAUGGUCUCCUUGUUUUUGUUGGUUUAACCAAAUCUUUCUCAGGUUCAUCUUGUGAUGCUGAUGAUGAUAAAACUUCAAAUAACGCCGAAGUUUUAUCAUCAUCACAGUAUAUUGAAGAGGAAGAAGAAGAUUGUUCACAAUCUCAUAUCUUUGAUGUUGAGGUCAAUGAGCCAAUGUUGGAGAGAGAAGCUGAGAAGAGAACUAGUGAACCAGAUGAACAAAGUGCUGAAGAAGAGGAAGAAAGAGUAGAAGAAGAAAAUAUAGAAAAGAUAAUUUUGAUAGGUGAAGAAGAAGAAGAAGAUGUUGAACUAUUUGAUGAAGAUGACGAAGAGGAAGAUGUUGAACUAUUUGAUGAAGAUGACGAAGAAGAAGAAGAUGUUGAACUAUUAGAAGAAGUGGAAGAAGAUUAUGUAGAAGAAGAAGAAGAAAGUAGUAUAUUAAGUACAGAAGAGUUAAACAAAAAGUUUGAAGAUUUCAUUAGAAAAAUGAAGGAAGAUCUAAGAAUUGAUGCUAGACGGCAUUUAGUAAUGGUCUGAUUUAGUUAAAACAAGGAUCAUCUUAUUUCAUUUGACCAUGCUUCUUGUGAGGCUAGUAAUUAUUCCCCUAUGUCACCAAAGGACAAGAUUACAUGAGAAUAAUAAUAUGAUUACCAUGA